AUGCAGGAUUGGGUAUUCUGUGCCGCUCAUCAUGUCGGAGAUAACAAUGUUUAUUUUCUGUUUUAGAAAAACAGAGACUUCACAGAGACAGAAAACACAGGACUGCAUGGGGACAGUUAUUUUUCUGAGAUAACGAGGGACACUUUUAAACUUUAGUCUUUCAGCAAGAUGAUGUCAUCUGUUGAAGGAUAAGGAUACUUUUUUUCAAGGGUUAAAAAGCUAUUGUGCAGUUUUAUUUCAUUUACAGAAAUGUUGAGGUAUUACUUAUUGGAACAAUGUUUUUCUUUUUGAGGAGAAUUCUUGACAUGAAUCAAACUUCAACAUGUGUCAGUUAUCAAAGAUUUUGAUACUUCUGAUACUACUUUAUCCCAGUGUACUGUGUAGACUGUCCCUGACUGCUCUGCUUGAGAUGUACUGUGAGGCUCUCUCUGCACUCUACAAUGUCACAGGUUCAUAUUGCAAUGCUACCACCGACGAGAUUGGAACAUGUUGGCCAAGGAGCAACACCGGGCGGAUAGUGGAGAGACCAUGCCCUGAGUACAUCAAUGGGGUGAAGUACAACACCACAAGAAAUGCAUACAGAGAAUGCAUGGAUAAUGGGACAUGGGCACUGAAGAGCAAUUACUCCAGUUGUGAACCCAUUCUGGAGGAGAAGAGAAAAUAUCCAAUGCAUUAUAAGAUUGCUCUAAUCAUCAACUACCUAGGUCAUUGCAUUUCUGUGGGGGCUCUUGUUGUGGCCUUCAUUCUCUUCUUAUGCUUAAGGAGUAUAAGAUGCCUUCGAAACAUAAUCCACUGGAACUUGAUAACCACCUUCAUUUUAAGGAACGUCAUGUGGUUUUUGCUUCAGUUGAUUGACCACAAUAUUCAUGAGAGCAAUGAGCCCUGGUGUCGCCUUAUUACUACAAUCUAUAAUUACUUUGUGGUGACCAAUUUCUUCUGGAUGUUUGUUGAAGGAUGCUACCUUCACACAGCCAUUGUCAUGACUUACUCUACAGACAAGCUCAGAAAAUGGGUCUUCCUUUUCAUUGGAUGGUGUAUUCCGUGUCCUAUAAUUGUAGCUUGGGCCAUUGGGAAGCUGUACAAUGAAAAUGAACAAUGCUGGUUUGGGAAAGAACCUGGAAAGUAUAUUGACUACAUCUAUCAAGGACCAGUUAUCCUUGUUCUCCUGAUAAACUUCGUUUUCCUCUUCAACAUAGUAAGAAUACUUAUGACCAAAUUAAGAGCGUCCACCACAUCAGAAACAAUACAGUACAGAAAAGCGGUGAAAGCGACCCUAGUGUUGCUGCCUCUGCUGGGGAUAACCUACAUGCUCUUCUUUGUGAAUCCUGGGGAGGAUGACAUUUCACAAAUAGUUUUUAUUUAUUUCAAUUCCUUUCUACAGUCAUUUCAGGGGUUUUUCGUUUCAGUGUUUUAUUGCUUUCUGAAUGGGGAGGUGCGCUCUGCGGCCAGGAAAAGAUGGCACCGUUGGCAGGACAACCAUGCCCUCCGAGUGAGAGUGGCACGGGCCAUGUCCAUCCCCACUUCUCCUACAAGGAUCAGUUUCCACAGCAUUAAGCAGACCACUGCUGUGUGAUCUUGGGAGUCGCCCAAUAACCUCAAGAAGGAUCCCCAAAUCUUCUGUCAUCUGACAGGACCAGAGAAAUAAUUCUACACCAGAGGACCAUUCCAUGAACAUCUAUUAAUUUAUGAACAAUUGCAUACAGAGAUAGAUUGCUUGGAGGAAGAUAAGACCCUUGUCUGCCACAAGUCAGGAGAAUUCAGUUCCAUUUGUAAGACCAGACCUUUAUUUAAACAAACAAGACACAAAUAUUUACUGUUAGUUUGAUUGUUUUUUUUCUUUCAUGUUUCAUUGUAUCAGGUUGUGCUUUUGUAGUUAAAUGCAUCUGCGCUUUAAAUGUCCACCAUGAGAUAGUAGAAGCAAAAGAGACCAUUCAUUUUAUGCUCCUGUUGCAAAACCUCUCAGCGUUUGAUGCCUCCAGGAUGAGACUGAAAUUAUGCAGGACUAGUAUUGCUCCUCGUAAUCGCAUUCCAUGAUGGUUGUGAACUGAACAAAUUUUCGAAUUAGUAAAAACACUCAUUUUUGAAUUACUUCUGCAGCCUCUGAAAUUGUAUAGGCCUAGUGUGUUUUGACAAGGCUGCUACAUUUGUUCAAUGACAAUUUCACCCCACGAGUCCUCCGACUGUGGGGAUGUUUUCAGUUACUUCUGGUUGGAACACCAAGCUCUGAUGUUUAUCUUCGUUAUAUGUACUGUACUUGUGUCUUUCCAUGUGAACUCCUGAAGGUUGUAUUUUGUGGAUGAGAAGCCACAAAUCAAAGUUGUUAUAAAAAUGGUUUAUUUUCUCAUUUUAUGUUGUAUGCAAAUGUAGAGAUUGAACUGUGAUUCCAAAACAUUUCACCAAACAUUUCACUGUUUGGUGUUAUUGUCUGAGUGAGAACAUAGAUCAGUGAGUAUGUUUACACGCACAAUAAUAAUCAGAUGUUAAAGUAAUUAUGGCCAGGAGUAAUAAUAUAGUCGGGAAACACCUUUUGCUGCUCACUUUAUAUUAUCAGAAAAAAUAUUAUUAUUGAGUUAAGCAAACUAUUAAUUCAUGUUAUUAGACCCAGUAAUAUAAUUAUCGUGUGCAUAUUAACAUACUCAAAACUGAAUAGAUCCAAAGCAGUUAAAGCCAAGAGCAAGUUACAACUGAUCUAUAUUCAAUCUGUCAGUCCUUAACUCUUGUGGAUACUGGUGUUGUGCCCUUAAUCAGCAUCAAUACUAUGUGGGUUGUCCAGGAGGCAAGUGCUAGAUGAUGGUGAGCUCCAUUUGGCUUCCUUAAUGCUUGCCUGGCCAGGUCAACAUGCCAAGCACAGCUGGUAACGACAGCUACAAGCCUGGGUGUUCUCCACCUCCUGACCCACUUCAUGGCAAUGUUAAGAUCCAUCCAUUUAAACAAACAGGGCUGUUCUGAAAACAAUAUCUAGCUUUGAGAAUUAGUAGGACACGCCUUUCGACUGUUUUUGACUAUAAAUUCACGAGAGAUUGGUAGAAGACACUCCACAGGAAGAAACUGUGUUUACCCAUAUAAUUGGACCUUUCAAAUGUGCUGAAUUUUUUAAGAGAUGCAUAAUUUAUGAAUACUUGCAGGAAUAAUGUUUGUGGUUGUGCCGGCCAAGACAACAUGACAAAACAUUUGAUUUUAACAUGUUUGACCUAAUCCAGCCCACUAACUCAAGAAAAACACUAUUCUGCAAAACAUUUUAUAACAAGUUAUAUUGCAUGUGGAUGAGACAGAGAUGUUACCAUCCAUAUGUUGAUGAAUUAAAAUAGUUGUUUGUUUGCUGUGCGAGAAUGCUUAACUAAGUUUAACUCCAACACCAAGCACACAAGCUUAAUAACUAACUUUUCCCACAAGAUUAAUGCCUAACCCUAAACAAAUUACUUUAAUACUUAAUCCCAAUCCCGAGUUGAAUACCUAAACCUUACCUGAAUGAGCGAAUGUGGUAAAGAGAGAAAAUUCCUUCAAAUUGAAAUUUGGUUCAAUUAGCAGCCACAUUUUAUUUAGCAAACAUGCUGUAGGCACAGAAACAUUAUUUGGUCUCAAUGGGCAUUGAAACUACAGACUCUUGACCUAUACCUUUGACAAAAUACUAAGUUGGAGUGUGUAUUAAUGAUAUAAUAAUGUUGCACAGUAAUUACAUACAGAUUCAGCCAAGUCAAGUAUGAAUGAGUCUUUGAGCUUUAUCACAUGCACAAUUGUGCCCAAGUGGAUUUCAGUUAUAGGUGUUUAAUAAUUAACUGCACUUGGUGAUUUGUAACUGACAAACUCGACACCCAAAUGUUUUUGUUAUCGUUUGUAACAGUAAAAUUAUAUGGUAUUAUCAAUUUUCUUGACAGAGGAUAUUAAAGGUAUCAGUAAUUUUGCCAUCUUUGCUAUGUCAGUGAUCCUGAUAUUUAUAGUUUUUUAGGAGGUUCCACCACUUUGAAUGUUAUUACUGUAGGUCCAAAUUUUGAAAACUAGAAAGGAGACAGACAGUGCUAGAACAUGUAUACAAUUACAUCAUCUGUAAAUAAGCAUUACUGUAAAGUCUACAGUAAUUAGCAAAUGUAUUUUAUAUUUUAUCUGACAUUAUUGAUGUAUUUGAGCUCUUUAUACUUUGGUUAGAAUAAAGUAUUUCAUGGAGAACUAUGUGUUCAGGUAAAGCCACCCAAAGCAAUUUCAGACAUAUGUAUGUAUAUAUUUAAAAGUAUUUUUAAAAAUUUUUUACAUAAUACUUUCUUGUGCAUCUUAAGAAUUGCAUUUCUACUCUUUAUGGUGCAUAUCUCAAACCUCAACAUAAAAAUCCAUUGACCUUGUCACAAAGAUGUAUUAUUUUAAAAUGUAUAGUAAAAGCUACUGACCCAUCUGUUAAAAUUCACCAAAGAACUGAGACAUGUUUACUUGUAAGUUUUCCUGUUGCCACUGAACUUUACUGACCAAAUCAUUGUUUCUUUAUUUGUACACAUUCUUCAUCUGAAAUGUAAGUUGUGAAGUUUGCAGUGUUUGAUUUAAAAUGUAUUUACUGUAUGUACAUAUGUUUUCUGCUGUUUAAAUUGUUUGGCCAUGUGUUGAACCACCCAUAUUGCCUUAGAAACGUUUUUGUGGACAGAGGAAGGCUUCAAGUCAUCUGUAAAUGGUGUACUUAUUAUGUGAUUGGAUACAAUCUAUCUUCAGA